GCUCCUCCUCCUCCUCUUCUUCCUCCUCCUCCUCCUCUGAGGGAUGCAUCCUGAUUUCUUUUAAAUGAACCACUUCCUCCAUCGGCACAGAUGAAGACGAGGAGGCCCGUCGCCUGCUGAAGGAUGAGGAGAUAAAGCUGCAGCCUGUCCGCGAUCCACUUAACAGAGAGGGCGGCGUGACCAUGUGUGCUGUCGACUGAAGUCCAUUCCAAGAGACAAAAUGAAGAAGAGGCUGCUGCGAGGUUUCCUCUCAGAGGUGUCUGUCCGGCUGGCACUGCUGGUGGUCUUCCUUGUGACGGAGCAGCUUCCUCCUUUCUACCGUGAGAUCCAGCCAGAGGAGAUGUGGCUCUAUAAGUUCCAUCGAGUGGAGAGAGACCACGUAUCCACCGCUCUGAUGUUUAGUGUGGCGGUGUUCACCCCGCUGAUCGUGAUCAUGGUUUUCACCUUCCUGAACAAAUCGGAGUGCGGCGACGUGAAAGAAGCGUCUCUGGCUGCCACUCUGACUCUGGUGCUGAACGGGGUUUUCACCAACGUCAUCAAGCUUGUUGUCGGCAGGCCCCGACCGGACUUCUUCUACCGCUGCUUCCCAGACGGUCAGAUGAACCUGGAGAUGCGAUGCAGCGGUGACCCAGAUGCCGUCAUUGAGGGCAGAAAGAGCUUUCCCAGCGGACACUCAUCCUUUGCCUUCGCAGGGUUGGGCUUCACGGCGCUGUACCUGGGAGGGAAGCUGCGGUGCUUCAGUGCAGCGGGCCAGGGCCGGGCGUGGCGGCUGUGUGCCUUCCUCACUCCUUUACUCAUCGCAACUGCAAUCGCUCUCUCCAGAACCUGUGACUACAAACACCACUGGCAAGACGUGCUGGUGGGGUCUCUGCUGGGUCUGGCCUUCGCCUGGCUCUGCUACAGACAGCACUACCCUCCACUUCAGGACCCAGACUCCCACAAACCCCUGCGGCACAGAGAGACUGUUCCCACUGCGCAGGAGCGCAAGCUGGCCAACUCCAACUACAUCCUGCCGCUGUAGAGCCGCCACGCCUGCAGUCUGCACCGCUGUCAUUCACACUUUCUUAGGCGGUGAAGCGUCUGAUUCAGGCUUGUCAGCACAUUGGUAUUUGUUUAUUAUCGGCCCAUAUCACUCUGUCGUAAGAAUUUUGCAUUCAGUACGGAGACACACGGUUUCUGAACUGAGCUCCCGAGAGCCGCAUCGGCACAUCAUCAAAUAGGACAAUCCACUGCACAGGCUAACACGCAUUCCCAAACCUGAAAAUGAUGUCACUCCAUGCUGGGUGUAGGAGUUUUAGAUAUCCUCUCGAUUCCGCUCCGCCCUGCACACGCUCUGAGUCGUGCCUGUCGAUCACACGACUCCACGGACACCAGUGGCUGCACCCACAGUCCCCUGUCCGCCGAUGUCUGAUUUCUACUUUUGUGAAGCAGUUUCUUCAUCUACAGUCGAUGUUUUGUGAUUGUUAAAGUAAACUUGCGUCACUUUCCAAAGCACGGUCGACCCCUAAAGGCAAACGCUUUCUGAUUUCUGUGCACGGACUUUCAUUCUCGACCUUCCUUCGAAAACAACACGAUUGUUGAGAUUGAAGAUCAGUAAUUUGCUGGUUUGGACUAGAUCUGGGUUAAAAGUGAUGAUUUAAAAAAAAAAAAAAAUGUAAUUGAUAAACUUGUCAGAUUAACGUGUUUUCAGCCGCUUCUCAUCUAGAGGUGUUCAAAGUUGACACUCAGAGAAAACCGCUCCAUUUAAGGACUCAAAUAGCACAAGCACAUCUUUCAGAUUUCACAGCUUGCUGUGUCAAAUCUUCCAUUUUUACAUGAUAGUCUGUUAAUUUAGGGUGUUUUUGAUUGUGUUUAUCCUGUCCUACGUGAUUUGUGAGAUAAAAAACUGCUGAAUGUGUCGACAUCUGAAAGGGUUUGAAUAUACUGAGGAAGUAUUUUGAUAAAUUACAAUUAAAUAUUUGGAUUGAAUAAAGAAAAGCAACCUCAUAAUGUUAAAAAAAAAAAGUCCAUUUGAUGAGGCCUAAAUUAAAGAACUGGAAUUAUUCUAGUUUGUCAGCAUGUCCACUGAAUUCUUAACAUGUUAUAAUGUCCUCAAUGGUUUGAUCCUUCUAGUUUUUCUGUGAUAUGAAGUCCUACUGCAGGAAAAUGUGCCCAGGAUUAGUUGACAGUAAGACGAGUAUAAAGCAUAAGCAGGAUGCAUCACGUCUCAAAAAGAAGAAACUUUUAGCCAAAAAGUAAAACCGUUGAUUCUGGACGCAGACUCCUUAGUCUCCGUCACUCGUUUGAUUCGUUUUCCUGCUGCCUCUGUCUUGAGCGAUUCUAACUUUUACGUCUUCCUAAAAUAUAUUUUGAAUGUCUUCACAACACAAAAGGGUGACGGUGCCCGCUCCUCUGUGCGUAACUCGAUGUAGCAGAGCCACUCUUCGCUUCUCACCGUGCCUGCUGUUCACAACGAUCACCCUCAUCCCCGCUCGAACUGAUCCCAUCAUCCUACGUUGAUACGUCUGUAAACAAACCCUGAGAUCCAUGUCACCUGUCGUCAGAGGUCUCGGGCUUCCUGUAGGUGUGUUUUCCGUGACCGCGCGCAGACUGACCUGCUGUCUUCAGUCUGAAUUCCCUCCAGAGGUGGAGAGGUGCGACGGUCCGGCUGGGUUUUUUUUGAGCGGUGGUGAAACUUGAGCUUUCAGAUGAACUGUAACCUCUCCCGGUGAUGGUGCUAGCCCCCAGCGCUCCUGCUGGCCGGGUUUUCUAUCCUGUCCAUAGUUGAUCUGGCAUGUAAAACUUGGUGGUUUCUUAUUACUUUUCAUCUUAUUUAAGACUGUGAAUUCUCCACUUUUGCGUUUCAUCCGUAUGUUGAGUUUUUGCUUCGUUGUGUUUUUACUCCACCCUCCGUUUAACUUCUGAUUAUGUCGGUACGUUCGGUUUCACGGUGGAAACAAGUUCAAAUGUAGAUCUUACCGUCUUACAUUCACGGUUUUUGGAACUGUGAGAAACGACCAAACAUCUCUGAUGUUCUGCAGGGACAAAAGCACUUCAGCUCGUGGCUGUGAGCCGAGCCCAAAGCAGCUGGAUCACAGUGUUUUCACACCAAACACCACAUAAGAGAGGGGGAAAAAAAAGAUAUAUUGGUGCCUUUAGUUUAAAACAUAAUGUGGUUAGUGAAUGAAGUAUAUACUGCAUGUCACAGUGUAUGCUCUCUGUCAGUUCUGAGUUUUAUUUUUUUUUUUAACUAUAAAAUUCACUCAUGAAGUAACUACAUAUUUCUUAAAUGUGGCAUGCUGCCUUUUUUUUUCACCUCAGAAAAAAAUAAUUUGCUGUUGUUUCAAAGCAAUUGUUGAUUGAUUCAAAGGGAAAAGUUUCCAUGUACAGAGUAACACUUGAAGUGUGGGACAGAACGAAGAC